CUCUCAGUCUCUGCUCCUCUCUGUCAAACAGGAAGUCACUUUUUUUUGUCAGAGCUCUCUAGAAGUGACAUCAGAGUGACAGGAGCUGCUGAAGUCUGUGUUGGUGCCCGUCUCUACACUGUUUGACCAAAAAAGAAUAGCAGGAGGAACAGUAGAGGAACAAUGUUACGGCGAAAACCUUCCAACGCCUCAGAGAAGGAGCAGGUGCAGGAGAAGGUGCAGAAGAAGAAGCUCACCCUGCAGAGGUCCAGCAGCUUCAAGGACUUCAUGAAGCCCAAGUCCCCAGUAGUGGUGGACAAGGAGUUCAACUUGGACUACACAGUGCCAGAGGAUAUGCCUGUGGAGGAUGCAUUGAAGAGUGGCAGUAAGCAGGGGAAGAAGUCGUGGCGUAAAGUCAUCUCACGCACCAUGACCCGCAAAACCUCCAAGACGGUACAGAAGGCCCUGGCAGAGGAGGGGGGGGAGAGUGGUGAGGAGGGCUCCCUGUCUCCCACCACAGACUGGAUGCCAGGCCUGACAGCAGGCAAUAGGACAUCUGUGUGCUCCAUUGGCUCCGAGGACACUGUCCACAGCCCCGUCUCUCGCCAGCUCUCUGGGUGUGGGGACCGCCAGAGCCUGGACAGUGGCUACAGCCAGCGAGACAGCAUGAGGCUGGAGGAGUCCAGUCCUCCCUACACAGGCCCCUUCUGUGGUCGUGCUCGUGUCCACACAGACUUCAUCCCCAGCCCCUACGACAUAGAGUCCCUCAAGCUCCAAAAAGGUGACAUCAUCCAGAUCAUUGAGAAGGACCCGGUGGGCACAUGGACAGGGAAGCUCAACAACAAGGUGGGCACCUUCAAGUUCAUCUAUGUCAACAUCUUACCGGAUGAGGUCACGCCGCCCAUGAGGAAAAUGUGCUCCAGCAAGAACCGCUUCUCCAAGGCCAAAAACAAGCCCCAGACCCUGGAGGAAGUUCUGGAGAGGAUCGGUCUCACCGAGCUGGGCUCUUUGCUGUCUAUGCACGGCUUCCAGAGCCUGGAGGACUUUGGCGGCCUGAAGGAGUCCCACCUCAACGAACUUAACAUCACAGAUGCUGAGCAACGUACCAAGAUUCUGACUGCUACUGAGCUGCUGCGUGACUCGGAUGACGAGUCUGAGCCAGAGGAGGAGGAGGGAAGUAGCACUGAGGAGAAGGGUGACGUACCCAGGGACUCUGGCUGCUUCGAGAGCACAGAGAACAUGGAGAACGGGCGCCAUGAACCAGAGGGAGAGCCUGGUAUGAAGCAGAAGUCUAACCAGGAGCCAGAGCAGCAACAGAGCGAGGAGGAUCAGCUGAGUUCUGUUGAGGAGCAACUGCAAGAGUUUACGGUGGAUGAGGAGAUCUCCUGAGAACUGAAGAGAAUCGAAGCUCUGGAAUUGAAGAGAACCUUGGUUGGUUGACUUUACUAAUGGACAUUAUUCAAAAGCCCACGACAAUUGGUUGAUUUAUUCAAACCAUCAGAAUAGUGAUAAUCAGGAUUAAGCCAUAUAUACUGCAAGGGAGUGUCUUUUCAUUUGUUGCCCCCAUACUUUUGUAACAAAGAGCCACAGGGACUGCAACCGUAGCAUGCGCUCCACCAGUAACUAUUGAAAAUGUUUUGGAAGAAUGCAAGACCUUUGAAAUCAUCUAUUUUUUUGUUGAAAGCUUGGUGUGGCCAGGAUGUAAAUACAAGUGUUAUCCUUUUCCAUGAUACCAUGGCAUUUGAGCAGUUCUGAGUGGAUUUUAUAUAUACUAAAAAUGGUAAUAUUCUUCUGUGCGUUUCAGACUUGAUAUAGUCACGUAAUUCCUAUUCCAUCAAUGGACAGUUAAGAAAUUACUUUCCGGUGUCUUUUUUUUAAUGCUUUAUUCUGUCAUCUUCAAUCUAUUACUUUUGAAAAUGUUUUCAAUGUGUUAUGCUUUUGCUUGAAUGUUUUUUGUAAUUUUCAACCGUUAUUUUGGAAAUAGACAACCAAUUCUUGAAUAUGACCUUUGAAUGAAUGUUUCUAUAGUAUGUGGACUGUAUAUAGCGUUUUAGACAUUUGACAGCACCAAAGUCACAUCUCAUGUGUUCAGAGUUACUGUAUAUUUGCUUUUACCUUUUUGUUGUGUUGAUCAAAGUUAACAACUGUAUGUCUGUCAAAGUUGUUAGGUUGACUUUUCUGUAUUCAAUUUGAAAUAAAAAUGUUUUUAUACCAGUUUA